AUUGUAUUUACAGCCGUUUUUUUACUGUUCUUUUUUAAACAAUUGUAGACAAAUGAAUAAAAAAUAUUUGUGUAUUGAAUGUGGAGCCAAAAGCGUAGCCUUGUUUCAAGUAUUCAGUGAAAAUGCAUUAACUUUGCAGACAUGUUCUAACUGUAGUAAGGUCAUUGACAAGUAUGUCGAAUAUGACUUUACAGUUAUAUUUAUUGACAUAUUAUUGCUAAAGUUCUCUGCCUACCGACAUGUGUUGUACAACUCAAAUACCAAGACACAUCUGUCACGUCUUCUGGCACUUACACUGCUUUCAUUUAGCUAUGUUGAGUGGGUAUAUCACAAAGGCCAAAUUGAACACAGAUCUGAAUUUGUUCUUUAUGAACUAGAAUGGAGCUUUUAUGUCAUGAUUGGAGAAGAACUAAUUAGAGCUGCUUUGUUUUCCCUUACAUUCAUAUUACUUGGAUUCAUGUGUUCAACUAUGUGUGUCCACCGGGAAACAUUUUCUUGGACACACAUACUUUGUGGGAUGGCCAUGAGCUACUGUUGGCACCUUGUUACGGUCCCUUCUUUGGUGUGGAACCAUUAUUCAACUUACCGUCUUUUAAGCCAAAUAGCACUGCUGAUCAGUUGCAACCACACAUUCCAUGUCUGUGUUUGUCGAAGCUAUAUGUUGUCUGCGAUUACGGUUUUGGGCGCUUGGGGAGUUCAACAGGGUAUCACGCAAUGGCUUCACGUUUAAAUGUGUGAUAAUGAAAAAGUAUUUUCACCUCUAUUUUCUAUAGCAAUUGAAAUGUUCCCUUAUUUAGAAUUCACAGAGUAGAAUAAACAAUAUGGAGAGUAACGUACCUUCUGAUAAGCGACGCUUCAGAGAGUCGAAAUUUUCUAUAUGAACAUCUAUGUUUGCGAGAAAAAAACCUGCACACUUAUGUGACUGAUUAAUAGAAAUUAUUUAAAUGACACAGAUGUAUAAAAAAUCUUAAAGGUCGACAAUCGACAGCUUCUGUUAAAACUGGCAUGGACUGGAAAACAUAUUCUAGUGCAUUUUCGGAAAGCCUGAUAAUAUUUUCCAUUUCUUGAAACCAUCAGCCAGCGUCUUUUGUUCGCUGGAGCCCUAGUAGCCUUCUACCGUCACAAGUAUAUCCCAGCUAGGUCCUAAAUACAAUUCUCACUAAGGGUUACGGGUAGGUAA